GUAUGCGUGCUGGGCCGACUUCAGGGGCAACCGUGCUGACAUACGUCUGGAGAGACUGCCGAGAAACACAGGGAAAAAAGCUCAGGCAGCGGAGCCGGUGGUAGGAUCCGAUGGAAGUGGUUUUCAAUGUUCGCAAUCGUCAAAGAAUACCCAGCUGUGCCUCGUACGGAGAGCUCGAGCGCCCGUCGUCUGCGAACGCGCACGUUUUGUACGACAACUGCCAAAAAAGAAACAAUACUCCCUUUCUUCCUGUUCGCGUGAUCGAAAAUGUUGCAAGUUUUUUUUCCCCCUCCUCUCGCCGGCCAACUCUACAAACGGACGGGAGGCCAAACAUGUAUAGGUGGCGCUUCGUAGGUCGGAGACAAAGAAACAUGUCGGGUAAGGCGGGCGUCCGAUUUCUGGCCAUAAACAAGCUUAACGAGUUACUGUAAACUAACUUCCUUACGAUGAUUCACCACGUAACGUCGCCCUUGGGUACUCGUGCAGGUGUCAUCGCCAAAUAUCACUGCAAUUAUUGUCAAGAAGACAUCACGGGAAUACGCGUCAAAUGUGCCGAGUGCCCAGACUUCGACCUCUGUUUGGAGUGCUUCUCAAGCGGCGCUGAAAUGGGAGCUCACAAGAAUGGACACAGUUAUCAAUUAAUAGAUUGCGGGAAUUUCCCGAUCUUCCAUCCACCGUGCAACUGGAAGGCGAAAGAAGAACUCACUCUUCUGGAAGCAAUCGAACAGUACGGCUUUGGAAAUUGGGAGGAUGUAUCACAGUGCCUGGCUCCGAGAACUGCAGAAGAUGUAAAGGAUCAUUAUAACAGCUUGUAUAUCCUUGGCAACAUGGGAAAGGCUACACUGUCCGUGGGAGGCCCCUCUCAAGUCAAGGAUCAUACAAUGCCUGAAGGAGGUCCACUCUCUCCCAGCCUAGACACUCCGACACCGAACGUUGAGGUCUCAUUGGCCGAACAGCAGGAGUUGGGCUACAUGCCUUGUCGUGAUGACUAUGAAAGGGAGUUUGACAAUGAUGCGGAGACGCUCAUCAGCCAGUUGGCCAUUCAGGCAGAGGACGACGAGAUUGAAGUGGCGCUGAAGCUGGCCCACGUCGACAUGUACUCGCGGAGGUUGAAGGAGAGGAUGCGCAAGAAGGCGGUCGCCAGGGAGUACCACCUGGUGGCACAGUUCUUUCAGCACUCAAAAGGGAGGACGCCGUCCUCUGUGAAGGCUGCAAAGAGGCCGACGAGGGAGGAAGACAAGGAAUUUCAAGAAAAGAUGCGACCCUUCUGCCAAUUUCAGCCUGGUGCAGAUCAUGAGCAGAUGUUUGAAAACCUUGAAAGGGAAAAGGUGCUGAAAAGCAGAAUCAAGGAACUCAUGCGGUACAGGCGAAACGGAAUCACUAAGCUCGAAGAAUGCGGAGAGUUCGACCUGGCCAGGCAUCGAAGGGAGAAAAGGAAGGAGAACAAGCGCAAGUCGCAGAAGUACUUCUCGAUCCUUGGCUGCGUAACGUCUGCCCACCGAAGAGCAUCCUCAAUGGGGUCAAGAAAACACGACGAAAAAGGAAGCGUAGAUACUUUACUAGGAGACCAAGAAGGUGACACGAAAGAAGAGCCGAAAGAGGCCAUCGACAUUGCAACCCUCCCAGGCUACGAGCUUCUAUCCGAGAAGGAACGCAAGCUCUGCUCCUCGUCAGGCAUUAGUCCUGCCUACUAUAUCACCUUCAAGGCUGUUAUCCUCAAGGACCAAGGGCAACAGCAAGGUUCCUCGUCGAACCGCACGAUCCGUCCCCCGGCGGGAUUGGACCGAACGAACUGCCGCCGCAUCCUCAACCACUUCGCCAACAGCGGCUGGAUCUCGGCCAGCCGACGGCAACCUCUCGUCUAGUCAUGAACCAAGGAUUGGGCGGCUACAAAGGUGUCUUCGGAGACAAAAAGAAAUUGUGCAAAAGGAACUCUUGUCUCGAAGAAUACUGUGGUCGCCCAGUUUAGCUCAAAUGGUGCAUUUAACGUCAGACGGACAUCCUACGGUGCUGAACAACUGAUGUUCCCGCGUGUGUAUGUGUCUUUGCAAGUGCGUACAUGUGUACAUAAAUGUACAGAUAAAGGAGACUUUUUUUUUUUCUUUACUUAAUGCUCAA